AUGUCUUUCCUAGAGCACAUGGUCAAUGAUCGGUUCGAAACCGGAUCCAAUGAUAAUGAUGAAAACGAUUCCAUCCAUUUACAACAUGUUAAUAAUCCAUCGUUACAAUCUCCGAUUCCUAGCAUUCAAGCUAUUCCGCAGGGGCACAAUCAAAGAAAUUCUCAAAGUGACGUUUAUCAACCAAUUCGACAACGACAAGUUUCAACUUAUCAAAUCAGCGUUCGUCCUUAUGUGUCUGCUGUACACCCAAGGAUUAGACGACGUUCGUAUCAAUUGAAUCGUACCUUUACCCUUUCUCAAAGCGUUUCUGCUAUGAGAAGUAACUUUGUACAACCUCCUCCUCAACAACGGCAAACGGACAAUCGCUCUUACCGCUACUGA